CUAACUAUCAAUGAUUUCAUCAAGGGCCACAAUCCAAUACUAAAAAAACAACACAAGUUUCACUUCUUUAUCCCUUCUGCAGCGAGGGAAAAUCUUCCUCCCAAGGGUUUUGCUCAGGAACAAAAAUGGCAACACUUGAAUCACUACCAAUUUCAUUCUCCCGUCUCUCAUAUUCUUCAAAUCCGCCAUUAAUACUCCCUGCAAGGUUAAAGAUUUCACUUCCCACUUUUACCUCCAAACUCCACCACAAAUCUCACCCAUAUCCCCUUACCAUUUCAAGAAACUUCCAGGUAUUGACAUCAUCAUCAACAAUUCAAGAAGUUCCGGUCGAAGAAAACGAGAAAUCGGAAGAACCCCUGAAAGAAGUCGUACAAAAUAGGCUUUUUGUUCUUAAUCUCCCAUGGUCUUUCGUUGUCGACGACCUCAAGAAACUUUUUAGUGAAUGUGGAACAGUAGAUGAUGCCGAGAUAAUAAUGAGGAAGAAAGAUGGGAAAAGCAGAGGGUAUGCAUUUGUUACAAUGUCAUCUACAGAUGAAGCACUUUCUGCAAUCCAAAAAUAUGAUUCUUAUGAAUUAAUGGGUAGGAUUAUCCGGGUAGAAUUUGCAAAAGAAAACAAGAAAUCAUCAGCAGCACCUCCUGUUUCAGCUCCUGGAGAGAAACGUUACAAGUUGUAUGUGUCAAAUCUUGCAUGGAGAGAAGAUCAGCAGGAUAUGGAUUUGUCACUUUUGCAACUAAAGAAGAAGCAGAAUCUGCAAUUUCCACCUUCAAUGGGAAGGAGUUGAUGGAUAGGGCGAUUACUUUAGCAUUUAGUGAAAAAGAUGCUGAUAAAAGUGAAACUGAAGAAGAUAAUGCUUCUAAUGAACAACCCGCUGAAUCAUAGUUUGUUGAAAACCAAGUUUCACUUGGAUAAGUUUUUUGGCAGUUGAGAGAUUAUAUGGAUGAUUAGUUGAUUACACAGAUGUUUUGAUCAUAAACAAGUUGAAAAUUUUCAAAUGCCAUAUCUUGUAAGUAACAUCUAUCUAAAUGUAUCGUUGAUUAGCCUUGAUUUGUUACAUGUGAUGUUUUUAUUCGUUAGUGAAAUGGUAUGUUAGAUGAUUUGUGUUGAACAAAUAAUUUGGUUAUUGUAAAUGUUAAAUUGAGAUAAUUGGGAUAAGCAAUCAAUCUUUGAUACUCAUCAA